GGAAAGAGGAAGAGCAGCCAACAUGGCGGCGGAACGCGGCGCGGGCCAGCAACAGUCGCAGGAGAUGAUGGAGGUUGACAGGCGGGUCGAAUCCGAAGAGUCGGGUGACGAAGAAGGGAGGAAGCUUGGUGGCAGCGGUGUGACAGACCUCAGCAGACAGAGCCUGAAGGAUGGGGAGGAGCAGGGGGAAGAGGACCCAGAAGAAGAACACGAGCUGCCUGUGGACAUGGAAACCAUCAACCUGGACAGAGAUGCAGAGGAUGUUGAUCUGAAUCACUAUCGCAUUGGGAAGAUCGAAGGGUUUGAGGUUCUGAAGAAAGUGAAGACCCUCUGCCUCCGUCAAAAUUUAAUUAAAUGCAUUGAGAAUCUGGAGGAGCUACGGGGUCUUCGAGAACUGGAUCUUUACGACAACCAGAUCAAGAAGAUUGAGAAUCUGGAGGCGCUGACGGAGCUGGAGGUCCUAGAUAUUUCUUUUAAUCUGUUGAGAAACAUUGAAGGGAUUGACAAGUUGACGCGACUGAAGAAACUCUUCUUGGUCAACAAUAAAAUCAAUAAAAUUGAGAACCUAAGCAGCUUACACCAACUAGAGAUGCUGGAGCUGGGAUCCAACCGCAUCCGGGCGAUUGAGAACAUCGACACACUGACCAACCUGGAGAGCUUAUUUUUGGGGAAAAACAAAAUUACUAAACUUCAGAACUUGGAUGCGCUUACCAACCUGACAGUUCUCAGUAUGCAGAGCAACCGGCUGACCAAGAUCGAGGGGCUGCAGAGCCUGGUGAACCUGCGGGAGCUCUACCUCAGCCACAACGGCAUCGAGCUCAUCGAGGGCCUGGAGAACAACAACAAACUCACGAUGUUGGACAUUGCAUCAAAUAGAAUCAAAAAGAUCGAAAAUGUCAGCCAUCUAACAGAGCUCCAGGAAUUCUGGAUGAACGACAACCUCCUCGAGAGCUGGAGCGACCUGGACGAGCUGAAGGGAGCCCGCAGCCUGGAGACGGUGUACCUGGAGCGGAACCCCCUGCAGAGGGACCCGCAGUACCGGCGCAAGGUCAUGCUGGCCCUGCCCUCCGUGCGGCAGAUCGACGCCACCUUCGUCCGGUUCUGAGUCCUCGUCCUCAGCUGGCCCCUCUCGGAAGAACUGCCCAGCCGCGGUUUGCAAUCCACCCGUUGCUCCCGAGGCCGUCGCCGUGUCGGCAGCCGCAGGCCCAGUGGCAGGGAACGGGCUCCGACAGCAGCUGCCGUGCAUGAUGCCGCCCGCCGUCCGAGACGCGUCACCAUUAAAUCUUGCCACAGUCUC